AUGUUGCCGCCAAGUCUGGCCGGGUUUCAGCGGUGUUGCCGCCAAGUCUGGCCGGGUUUCAGCGGUGUUGCCGCCAAGUCUGGCCGGGUUUCAGCGGUGUUGCCGCCAAGUCUGGCCGGGUUUCAGCGGUGUUGCCGCCAAGUCUGGCCGGGUUUUCAUGGUGUUGCCGCCAAGUCUGGCCGGGUUUCAGCGGUGUUGCCGCCAAGUCCGGGUUUCAGCGGUGUUGCCGCCAAGUCUGGCCGGGUUUCAUGGUGUGACGCGCCAAGUCUGGCCGGGUUUCAGCGGUGUUGCCGCCAAGUCUGGCGGGUUUCAGCAAUGUUGCCGCCAAGUGGCGCCAGGUUUCCAGCGGUGUUGCCGCCAAGUCUGGCCGGGUUUCAGCGGUGUUGCCGCCAAGUCUGGCCGGGUUUCAGCGGUGUUGCCGCCAAGUCUGGCCGGGUUUCAGCGGUGUUGCCGCCAAAUGACGAAAACGAAUGUUUAGAGACGAAGAACUUGACCGCCAGUACAGAUGUUUGGCAACUUAUUCAGAGUCCGGGUUAUUAUGGCCAAUACAAAAAGAACAUGUCCUGUGGCUGGCUUAUUUAUGCUGGUGAUCCGAAUUAUUCCUUACAAGUUGACUGGCAGAGGGUUGAUAUUGAAUACAGUCUUGGUUGUCACAAAGAUUUCGUUCAAAUCUACAGAGGUUACGAUCGGUCGGGUGAGUUACUUGAUCACAGGUGUGGAAAAAGCUCCAUUAAUGUCAAUAACAUCGGUCGCUACGCCUACAUUUAUUUCCACACCGACGCAGAUACGGAACGAGAAGGGUUUUCUCUUAAAUACAAAUCGACUAACAGUGUGUAUCCCGUUUUAAACCUUUUUUCCUUUCCUUUCUUUUUUCCUUUCCUUUCUUUUUUCCUUUCCUUUCUUUUUUCCUUUCCUUUCUUUUUUCCUUUCCUUUCUUUUUUCCUUUCCUUUCUUUUUUCCUUUCUUUUUUCCUUUCCUUUCUUUUUUCCUUUGCUUUCUUUUUUCCUUUCCUUUCUUUUUUCCUUUGCUUUCUUUUUUCCUUUGCUUUCUUUUUUCCUUUGCUUUCUUUUUUCCUUUGCUUUCUUUUUUCCUUUGCUUUCUUUUUUCCUUUGCUUUCUUUUUUCCUUUCUUCGGUAA